AUGGAAAGAAAGCAUGCCAACAAUGACAAAGAAGCUCAUCCAGAAGCUCAUGAUAAUAAGGAGCGACAGAAGAAUUUGGCUGAAGCGGUGAAAGUCCCAGUAAAAGUUGAUGAAAUGACAGGCCUUGGAGGAAAGGCCACUAACAGUCACAAUGAAAUGGUUGUGAUAACCGAUGAAAGGCCUGCAAUUUUUGGAUCUCAUUGUCAGGAAAAUAUCCCAAACAGUAUUGAGGAGUCAUACAUAAUGACUCCAUAUAAAGAUUCUGAUGAUGAGGAUGAUGAUUUCGAACAUAAAGAGGAAUCAAGGCGACUACAGCAUAGCAUGUCAAAUAGAUCAAUAUCUAUUGGAAAUCUGGAUGUGACAGACUCAACUGCCAUGGUCACUCCCAGGGACAAGCGCAUGAAGAAUUAG